GUUGUUGGUCCGGUCGGCCAGUCUGUUAGGACUGAUAAGUGGAACCGAGUCUUCAUUAGAACCAUGGCAAACACACACGGCACACACCUUCACUGUUGGACCAUAGUGUGUCUCCUCUUCACCUCCUCUUUACCUGCUGCAGGAGUUCAGAUCAGACUGGUUGGUCUGGUUCUACUCGGUGCUCUGGUAGGGUUGAGGUCUUCCAUGGUGGUACCUGGGGAACAGUCUGUGAUGAUGGAUGGGACUUAAAUAAUGCUCAGGUGGUUUGUAGACAGAUGAACUGUGGGGCGGCAGUGAGUGCCCUAGGCUCCGCCCACUUUGGUCCAGGAUCUGGUUCAAUCUGGCUCGAUGAUGUGGUCUGUUCAGGAAGUGAGAGUUCUCUGACUGAGUGUCCACACCCAGGAUUUGGGUCACACAACUGUGGACAUGGUGAGGACACUGGUGUCAUUUGUUCAGGUUCUCACAUCAGACUGGUUGGUUCUGGUUCUACUCGGUGCUCUGGUAGGGUUGAGGUCUUCCAUGGUGGUACCUGGGGAACAGUCUGUGAUGAUAGAUGGGACUUAAAUGAUGCUCAGGUGGUUUGUAGACAGAUGAACUGUGGGACGGCAGUGAGUGCCCCAGGCUCCGCCCACUUUGGUCCAGGUUCUGAUCCAACCUGGCUCGAUGAUGUGGCCUGUUCAGGAAGUGAGAGUUCUCUGACUGAGUGUCCACACCCAGGAUUUGGAACAGAAAACUGUGGACACAAUGAGGACGCUGGUGUCAUAUGUUCAGCUUCUCAGAUCAGACUGGUUGGUUCUGGUUCUGGUUCUGGUCCUGGUUCUACUCGGUGCUCUGGUAGGGUUGAGGUCUUCCAUGGUGGUACCUGGGGAACAGUCUGUGAUGAUGGAUGGGACUUAAAUGAUGCUCAGGUGGUUUGUAGACAGAUGAACUGUGGGACAGCACUGAGUGCCCCAGGCUCCGCCCACUUUGGUCGAGGUUCUGAUCCAACCUGGCUCGAUGAUGUGGCCUGUUCAGGAAGUGAGAGUUCUCUGACUGAGUGUCCACACCCAGGAUUUGGAACAGAAAACUGUGGACACAGUGAGGACGCUGGUGUCAUUUGUUCAGCGAGUCUCCCCAAACCCAGCAUCUCUAUGAAUCCUGCCACAGAGGUCACCUGGGGUCAAAGCGUCAGCAUCACUUGUUCAAUUUCAGCGGCAUUUUUGGAUGGAACGUUCCGUCUGAUGGCGUCCUCAGGCUCACGUAGAAACCCUCAGACAUCAACUUCCAACUCAGCUACGUUCAACAUCCCUACAGUGACCUUUGAGAAUGACGGAUCGUACCAGUGUCAGUCUCAGAAGACCAUUUCAAGUCAAACAUUCAGUUCUCCCCCAAGUGACCCUGUCACACUUCGUGUUACUGUGAAUCUGCACCAGCCCAGUAUCUCUGUGACGUCUCCUAGCGGAGGCCUGGUGUGGGUUCCUGAAGGUGCAGAGGUCACCAGAGGUCACAGCUUUGUCAUCACUUGUUCUGUCAGCACUGGAUACCCCGGAGGCCGGUUCACUCUGAUCUCCGACUCCGACAACGUCACCACCACCGAGGCUGCGGUCAACAACUCUGCCUCCUUUAACUUUUCUGUGGCGGAGUACGAACACCAGGGAAACUACAGCUGUGUGUAUGAAGUGACAGGGUCCACACGCACAUUCACAUCUCCACAAACAGCAGCCGUUCAUAUCAUCAUUAAAUUUCCUUUGUUGCUACUGGUCCUUCCACCUGUUGCUGGGGGUUUGUUGCUUUUCCUGCUGGUCUUCGUGGUGAUCUUUCUGAUCCGAAGGAGACGAUCCCAUUCUGGGCAGAUUGGAGCCCAUGUUCAAACUCAGAUAUUUUCCAGAGUAAGGAACCCCUACGGUGACAAGGAUGACGACGGGGAAGAGGACUACAUCAAUGUUGAUGAAGUUUAUACCAAGAAACUAAAUGGGCCAGCAGGAAUGGAUGAUGAUGAUGAUGAUGAUGAUCAUGAUUAUGAGGAAGCAGAAACUGACGGGAACUGCAUGAAGUCCAAGAGGGCAUGUUUCAAUGUUGAGGGAAGCCAAGUAGAGGGCGAAAGUGGAGAUUCCAGCGAUGAUGAGGCUGACUAUGAAAACGUAACCCAGCCACCGUCUGAACAAUAUGUCGACAUUUAUGGAGAAAAUGAAAAUGUUUACGCGAACUAUGAGUUUUCUGGUCAUCUGUAGGGAUUCAUUAAACUGCAGAGGACGGCUUUUUUUUUUCAAUUUACAGCUAUUAAAUUGAAUUAUAGUUUGUUUCCAUUUGAUACGUUUAGACGUGAUGAACACAUGACUCACAUUCAAGACCAGAACAAUUGCAACCAAAACAUCUGUAAGAGAUGGUUACAAAUAUAUUCUAGAGCAGUUUCUUUGAGUAGAAAAUGAUCCAAGUGUGAUCUGACCUAAGUACUAGAUGAAGUCCACAAAGGAACAGAGUAGUUCCUGCAGUGAGACAUGCAUUCCAUUUUGGGAAUAAGGACAUCAUCUAAACUGUAUCUGCUUGCUAGCUUGUUUUUAGUAUUUUGCAAUAUAUAGUGACAGCUAACUGGAUAGCAGGGUUCCUACACAUUUGACAUUUCUAAAUUCCAUACUUUUUCCAGACUCUAAUUUCCAGAUAUCUUGGUAAAAACAUUCCAUCCAGUCUUUAUAUUUGGAUUUACGAGCCAGUCGUCAGAGAAUUUCCACCUACCCAUUAUGAGUUCUGCCAACAAUCAAACAAGGCAUGUUGAAUAGCUCGCUCACCAACAGUGUGUGGACAUCACCUGUCCGUCAAAGCAGCAGUGAAACUUGAUGACACCUAGGCGGGCCUUAAAUUGGUUGGAGGAGGAUAAAAGCAGAAGGCGGGGCAUUCAA